AUGGGUGCUGUGACGACCAACCCGGAUCAUAAAUCUCUAACUGGUACUGCCCGUUACAUGAGUAUAAACACCCAUCUAGGUCGUGAACAGUCCCGCAGAGAUGAUUUAGAGGCAUUAGGGCACAUGUUCAUGUAUUUUUUGAGAGGCUCCCUUCCCUGGCAAGGCCUGAAGGCGGAUACAUUGAAGGAACGAUACCAAAGGAUAGGAGAAACAAAAAGAACCACACCCAUAGAAGUAUUAUGCGAAGGAUAUCCAGAAGAAUGGGGAAUUUACUUGAAAUACGUGCGUAAUUUAGAAUUCACUGAGACUCCAGAUUAUGAUUACUUGAGGAAAUUGUUCAAAGAUCUGUUCAUCAAAAAAGGCUUCAAUGACGAUGGAAUUUUCGAUUGGACGGAUAGAGUAUCGUGGUUGAAUGCUGAUGAAAGACAAGAGCAACAUAAAACUAAGACUUGAACUAGAAGAAACCAUUUUCUCGAUUAUAAAUACCAAGUAACUGAUGUUUUGAGAUUUUGGUGUAUUAUUGAAAAAAAUGUUACAUUAUGCGAUAAGUAGGUAUUCUGUGUCUAUGUAUAUAAUAAAAUAUUUCCACCAA